AGUUAUUCUCCGCCACAACGCGGGAAGCGGUACGUGAAAACGCGCAGGAGAUAAUAAACGAGCCGCCUUCACUCUCCUCCCCCCCCCUCCUUUUCGCGACUAAAAGAAACCCUCUUCUUUCCAUCGCGCGCACACCCAUGAGCAGCACACAUUCUGCUUCCGCAACGCAGGAGUCGCCCGAUGCCCUCCUCGCACGGUUGCAGGAUAGCUACUCUCUGCAGAAGCGGCUUACCGUCGCCCAAAAGAGGAAGCAGGCCGACUUAGAGUUGCAGGCCGCGGCCGCCUGCUACAAUGACCUGCCCAUUACGCUGGAGCUCCUCUCCGACGAGACGGCGACGCUGUUCACGGAACUCGAGCACCUCAUGGAGGCGCAGCAAGAUUUCACGGCGACGACCAGCAAAGAUGUGCUACUGCUGCGACGUAUUCGCGCCGCGGUGAACCGGGAGCUUCGGCAGGCCGUGUCCUUCAUCGAGGAGGGCUACCACUCCGGCUUUGAGAAGCUCAUGCAACAGAGUUGCUUUGAUCGACGACAAAGUCCGCUCGUUACGAAGCCCAGUGUCUCGACUUCAAAUGCGGUGGCGCCGAAUGUCGAAGCCAAAGCCACCCCUGCGGAGAUGCCGCCGAGCACGGCGGUGCUGACGGUGCGCGAGGCACUCUCCGAGCACCUCAGCCUUGUUGCGGAGUCGCUUGCCGUGCGACUUCAGUGCGAGGCGGUUCGCAUCUAUUUGUUUGACGAGCACGAGAAUUUGGUAUGCGCGGCGCAGUUCCCCUAUCGGGCCUGUCACGCCGACCCGAUGCACUCCAGCGCGUUAGCUCUCAUGACGCUGCGGGAGGUUCAUCAGACGGUGUGCCGCGACCGCCUGGCGGUUAACGGGACGCUCCGUAAACCCGGCAGCGCUUCCACGCCGUCGUCUUCGCCGGAGGAAAAAGAGGCGCUGAGCAGUAAGCCCAGUGGCGUGGAGGACAUCCGUAGCUGUCUCAUAUUCCCGUUGUUUUCCUCAUGGGGCACCGGUGCGUCGCAUGGCGUGAUUCACGCAGUGAACAAACGCUUCCCGAUGGUGGUGGACUCGGGCGAGAAGGGCAGAAGCGAAGCGCCGCUGCGCGGAUUCAGCGUGGAGGACGAGAUUUUGGUCUCGAACGCGGCACGCCUGCUCGGCACCAUCCUGAGCCGCUACCCGGCCGACCUCUUUACCUGCACACACAUCGGCGAAGCCAUACGACGCCGUGCGUACCCGGGCGACAACCAAGUUGGCAGCCUCUCCGCGCACCUCGCACCCACUCUGUACGAUGACAUCGGCGAGGCUGCCGAGAUGGCCCACGAGGCGCUGAAUCGGACGCAGCCCCGUCUUGUCUACCGCGCCCCGGUAAACACCAUCUUUGCCUCGCGAUCGGCGACAGAGUCGCGGCGAGGCACCUUUACCUCCCUCGGUGCUGGCCACGACGCCAGCGUGUGCACCGUUGCCUUUCGGCUGCGCUGCAUGAACGAGCUGUGGGCGAGCAGCCGGGACGACAACACCGCUUUGCACCACCAGUACCGUAACCUCGAGAAGGAGGCGCAAAAGACGCGGCUGCUGCUGCGCAACGUGCUGGACGGCGUCGCAACGGCACGGUCGAUGCGGGUCUCGUCGGAUGUGGCGCAGUACCUGCAGACGCUGGAGCUGUACGGCCGCAGCGAGCGGACGGAGCGCAUGGCCGCCUUUGUGGCAGAUAAAAUGCUGACGCUGUCGCAGGUGAAAAACAGCGACACUGCAGCUUCUGCGGAGAACUCCCGAGAGGUCGACUCGCGGGUUGAAAGCUCUCAAGAUUACGCACUCAGUGAAGAGGAGCUGCGACGGCUGCAGCGCGACCACGCGCGAGUGAACACCGUCACGGUCGCGUCUCUCCACUUUGAUGGACCAGAGGGAGUGCCGUCGUAUACUUCAGACGCAGCGCAGCGGAGAGAGCAGGUGCGCUUCAUCGACGAGCUCCGCCGCAGUGGCGCGGACACGACGCACACAUCGGGCACAGCAGGGCUGCGGCGCAGUGGGAAGGGCAAUGGCGGUGCUGCAAAGUCCCCAUCUCCACAAAGCCCAAUGCAGCGUCUGGCGAACGCUAACCGCGCGCCACGGAAAGAUGCGUACCCCUUUCAGCGACCGUUCAAGCUCUAA